CCCUCCCUCCCCUCGGCCGGGCUCCGUGGCGGCAGCGGCGGCGGCAGCGGCUCCAUUCCCCCUCCUCCCCCCCGGGAGCGGCGGCCGGGGCGCAACGGAGGCUGCGGAGGCGGGAGGAGGCCGCGCUCGCCCGCCCGUCCGCGCCGCGUAGACCUGCCGGGUGGCCGGGCCCGCACGCACGCACCCACGGGGCCCGGGAGCGAGGGGUCCGGCCGGCGGCUGAGCUGAGGACUGAACACAGGGCUUUGCACUUGCUAGGAUUGUCUUCUUGGUUCCCGGUUGCCAUGAGGAAGCCUCGUCGAAAGUCACGGCAGAAUGCCGAGGGCCGCCGUUCCCCAUCUCCCUACAGCCUCAAGUGCUCACCCACGCGAGAGACCUUGACCUAUGCCCAGGCCCAGCGGAUUGUCGAAGUGGACAUCGAUGGACGCCUCCAUCGGAUCAGCAUUUAUGAUCCACUCAAAAUCAUCACAGAGGAUGAGCUGACUGCUCAGGAUAUCACCGAAUGCAAUAGUAACAAAGAAAACAGUGAGCAGCCUCAGUUCCCUGCCAAGUCCAAGAAACCCUCAUCCAAGGGCAAGAAGAAGGAGUCCUGCUCCAAGCAUGCAUCUGGCACCUUCCACCUCCCACAGCCCAGCUUCCGUGUGGUGGAUACAGGCAGCCAGCUAGAGGCGUUCCCAUUGCCUGCUGCUUAUUACCGCUACAUUGAGAAGCCUCCUGAAGAGCUGGAUGCGGAGGUUGAGUAUGACAUGGAUGAGGAGGACCUUGCCUGGCUGGAUAUGGUGAACGAGAAGCGGAGAUUGGACGGCCACGGUUCGGUGUCGGCAGAUACCUUCGAGCUGCUGGUGGACCGGCUGGAGAAGGAGUCGUACUUGGAGAGUCGCAGCAGUGGGGCCCAGCAGUCCCUAAUCGAUGAAGAUGCCUUCUGCUGUGUGUGUCUGGACGAUGAGUGCCACAACAGUAAUGUCAUUCUCUUCUGUGACAUCUGCAACUUAGCUGUCCACCAGGAAUGCUAUGGCGUUCCCUACAUCCCCGAAGGCCAGUGGCUGUGCCGUUGCUGCCUGCAGUCUCCGUCUCGACCUGUGGAUUGUGUCCUAUGCCCCAAUAAGGGCGGGGCCUUCAAACAGACCAGUGAUGGUCACUGGGCCCACGUGGUUUGUGCCAUCUGGAUCCCUGAAGUUUGCUUCGCUAAUACCGUGUUCCUGGAGCCGAUUGAGGGCAUUGACAACAUCCCACCUGCCCGCUGGAAACUAACCUGCUACAUCUGCAAGCAGAAGGGGCUGGGCGCGGCCAUCCAGUGCCACAAAGUGAACUGCUACACGGCCUUCCACGUGACAUGCGCGCAGCGGGCUGGCCUCUUCAUGAAGAUUGAGCCCAUGAGAGAGACCAGCCUCAAUGGCACCAUCUUCACUGUGCGCAAGACUGCCUACUGUGAGGUGCAUUCGCCGGGUGCCGCCCCUGCCAGGAGGAAGGCACACUCACCCAAAAGCCUCAGUGAGGCUGGGGACGAGGAUGGACUGAAGGAGGGUGGUGGGGAGGAGGAGGAAGAGGAAGAACCAGAGGAGGAGGAGCAGGAAGGCCAGGGCGGGGUAGGCAGCCCCCUCAAAGGGGUAUCCAGGAAGAACAAGCCGAGUCUGAAGCAAAAGAUCUCUAAGGAGCCAGAGGAAGCCGGCCAAGACACACCCUCUGCCGCGGUCCCCAUGGUCACUGUCCCACAGAUCCCCUCUUACAGGUUGAACAAGAUCUGUAGUGGUCUCUCCUUUCAGAGGAAAAACCAGUUCAUGCAGCGGCUACACAACUACUGGCUGUUGAAACGGCAGGCACGGAAUGGUGUCCCCCUCAUCAGGCGCCUGCACUCCCACUUCCAGUCCCAGAGAAACGCUGAGCAGCGGGAGCAGGAUGAGAAGACCAGCGCGGUGAAGGAGGAGCUAAAGUACUGGCAGAAGCUGCGGCAUGACCUGGAGCGCGCCCGGCUGCUGAUCGAGCUCAUUCGGAAGAGGGAGAAGCUCAAGAGGGAACAGGUCAAGGUCCAGCAGGCCACCAUGGAGCUGGAGCUGAUGCCAUUCAAUGUGUUGCUGAGGACCACACUGGACCUGCUCCAGGAGAAGGACCCUGCACACAUUUUUGCCGAACCUGUCAGCCUAAGUGAGGUUCCAGAUUACCUGGAAUUCAUAUCCAAGCCAAUGGAUUUUUCUACUAUGAGGCGGAAGCUGGAGUCUCACCUGUACCACACCUUGGAGGAGUUUGAGGAGGACUUUAACCUUAUAGUUACCAACUGCAUGAAGUAUAAUGCUAAAGACACAAUUUUCCACCGAGCAGCUGUCCGCCUACGGGACCUGGGAGGGGCCAUCCUGCGGCAUGCCCGGCGGCAGGCAGAGAACAUCGGCUAUGACCCCGAGAGGGGCACCCACCUGCCCGAAUCACCCAAAUUGGAGGACUUUUACCGAUUCUCCUGGGAGGACGUGGACAACAUCCUCAUCCCAGAGAACCGGGCCCAUCUGUCCCCAGAGGCACAGCUGAAGGAGCUGCUGGAGAAACUGGAUCUGGUGAGCGCCAUGCGGUCCAGCGGGGCGCGCACCCGUCGUGUCCGCUUGCUGCGCCGGGAGAUCAAUGCCCUUCGGCAAAAGCUGGCACAGCCACCCCCACCAGCACAGCCAUUGUUACUGAACAAGACAGUGUCUAAUGGGGACCUUCCAGCAGGACCUCGGGGGGAUGCAGCUGUGCUGGAGCAGGCCCAACAGGAGGAGCCAGAAGAUGAUGGGGACAGAGAUGAUUCCAAACUGCCUCCUCCACCAACCCUGGAGCCCACAGGGCCUGCUCCUUCCUUGUCUGAACAAGAAUCCCGCCCGGAUCCCCCGACUCUGAAACCUAUCAGUGACAGCAAACCUUCAAGCCGGUCCCUAAAGCCCCGAAAGGUAGAAGAUAAUGAACUCUUGGAAAAAUCACCUCUGCAGCUGGAGAGCGAGCCCUUGCAGUGCUUGCUCAGCGACAAUAGCCUCAAUCGACUGUCUCUCAUGACCUCUGACACUCCUGCGGGCACCCCUCUUAGUGGUGUGGGCCGCCGCACGUCAGUCCUCUUCAAGAAGGCCAAAAAUGGGGUGAAAGUACAGAGGAGCCCAGACGGGGCCCUGGAGAAUGGUGAGGACCAUGGCAUGGUGGGCUCUCCCGACUCUCCAGUGAGCACCGAGGAUGAGCAGCACUCCAGGAAGCGGCCAAGGAGUAGGAGCUGCAGCGACAGUGAAGGGGAGAGGUCCCCUCAGCAGGAGGAGGAGACAGGCAUGACCAAUGGCUUUGGAAGACACACCGAAAGCGGGUCUGACUCCGAAUGUAGUUUGGGUCUCAGUGGAGGACUGGCGUUUGAAGCUUGCAGUAGUCUGAUGCCUCCGAAGCGCAGCCGUGGGAAGCCAGCCCUGUCUCGAGUGCCCUUCCUGGAAGGUGUGAAUGGAGAUUCAGACCACAGUGGCUCAGGCAGAAGCCUCCUGAUGCCCUUUGAAGACCGCGGAGACCUGGAGCCCCUGGAGCUGGUGUGGGCCAAGUGCCGAGGCUACCCCUCCUACCCUGCCUUGAUCAUCGACCCCAAGAUGCCCCGGGAGGGCCUCCUGCACAAUGGCGUCCCCAUCCCUGUCCCUCCACUGGACGUGCUGAAGCUGGGAGAGCAGAGGCAGGCAGAGGCUGGAGAGAAGCUCUUCCUUGUCCUCUUCUUUGACAACAAGCGUACCUGGCAGUGGCUUCCAAGGGACAAAGUCCUGCCGCUGGGUGUGGAGGAUACUGUGGACAAACUCAAGAUGCUGGAAGGCCGCAAGACCAGUAUCCGCAAGUCAGUGCAGGUGGCCUAUGACCGUGCAAUGAUCCAUCUGAGCCGAGUCCGUGGACCCCACUCCUUUGUCACCUCCAACUACCUUUGCAGCCUUAGGCCUCGGUCUGUGUCAUUGAGGAUGGCUCAGCGCUGCCCUCCAGCGUCCUCCCACCUGGCUCUGCGUCCCAGAGCAGGGAGCACAACCCUUCUCUUUCACACCUGCCUCCAACCCUCCUCCCCACCUCUGCCUGCUCCCUCUCCUUGAAAACAGAAGUAGAGGAACUGUGAGUGCAGAGUGCUGACUGACAAACCGACCGUUUCAGAGGCUUUGCCGCCUGCUCUCGACCUUUCUUUCCACCUCCUGAUCACCAAAGUUGUGGGGCUGGGUUGCAGGCUGCUGAUCGCCAUGUUGAUUUUUAACUUGAUGUUAUUUUUAAUUGUUUUAAAUUUUUCAUAGGGGAGUUUUGGACAAGACAAAGUCCCUGGCAAGACCACUGCCAUUUCUACAUACUUUUUAAAAAUCCAGCCAACCAGCCACCAACUUCUUACACAUUGGGGACACGAGCCAGAGUUUAAAAGGGAACCAACAAAACUCGGAGAGGUUGGGAUUCUGUACAGUAAGCCACGCAGCAAUGGCUAGGGAAGUUCGCGGUGUAUAUAACUGUAGAUACUGUUCUAAGUUAUUUCAGACCUGUACUCUCCAAGCGGGAGUCCAUUGUGCAGCCAUGCGGUGCGGUCUAGUUCAAGGAGCCACGCGUCCAUCCCCUCUCCCCAGGUAGUUGGUCAGUGUGGACUCUGUGACCUUCGUCUAAACCUGUGUUGUAAGACCUCGGGGCUUUCUCCCUCUCUGUCUCCUUCCUCCCACUCUUCCUUGUCUCUGUUUUUCAAUCUCUUGGAAUCUUUCACUCUUCUCUGAGUCUCAUUUUUAAGACUGCUCUUUUAGAAUGGGAACGGCUCAGAUCCUGCUGUGGCAUGGGGCCUGCGUGCCUCUGUCGCGUCUGCUGCAAAGCACACGAUGCUCUAUUUAUUGUAGAAAGUGACUUUAUUUGCUUUCUAGAAUUGUUUAUAACAGAUGGUAUAAGAGAGGUAAUAAACAGAAAAAAAAAUCUAUGCCUGUAAAGAAUACAAGAGUUAAUUUUACCUACUAUAAUAAUGACUGUCGGGAAACUUAUUUUCUCUCUGAGAAAUAAAUGUUCUAAUGGGCAGCA